AUGUUCUGCCUUAGGUUCACAAUGUCUGACAGAAAGGCUGUGAUCAAGAAUGCGGACAUGUCCGAGGACAUGCAGCAGGAUGCUGUAGACUGUGCUACACAGGCCAUGGAGAAGUACAACAUAGAAAAGGACAUUGCAGCAUAUAUAAAGAAGGAAUUUGACAAGAAAUACAACCCAACUUGGCACUGCAUUGUUGGCAGAAACUUUGGCAGCUAUGUAACACACGAGACAAAGCACUUCAUCUAUUUUUACUUGGGUCAGGUUGCAAUUCUGCUCUUCAAGUCUGGAUAGGAAGUAGGAGCAAGUGAAAUUUGGACUGUAAUGCACUGAUGGCUGAAGCCACGACUCCCUUUAACAUGGCUAUGCCGCUGCAUGGACUGUAUACUAUAUUUAAUGUGUAUAUGUUGCAGUAAAAAUCUACUUCUGUUUAGUUGCCUGGGAAGAAGGCGGCAUUUUUUUGUUACUGCUUUUUUUUGGUUGUAUUGCACUAGGAAACCUGUAAAUGCUUAAACAAUGGCCUUUACGUGGGAAGAAAUAAAACUAUUCCACAACAGCUCCCUCAGUGGUAACUCCUUCUUUGAGGAUGCGAAAACUUCUUUGGGCAGGCCAAAAGACCCUGACUUCCUUUCUGGGUUUUAUUAGACUGUUAAUCUUGUAAAGAGGAGCAAAGCCAGUGUGAGCCUCUGUCCCCACCCUGCAGACUGUCGAGAGCUGGCUCUCCCAGGGUCCUCAGGGCAGGUGCUUAGACCUUCCCUGAGAGCUGGUGGGGUGGCUCUUGGUUACGUGGCUUUCACACACGAGUUGAACUCCACCUUGGACUGUGAUAAACAGACUUGCAGCUGGCACCUUGGUGUUCUCUUUCAGUGUCCAUCACUGUAUUUUUGGCUCUGCUGAAACAUUGACCUAGACUUGUAAGCAGCUCAGCCUGGUCUAGAAGACUUCUGCACACACACAUCCCCGAGUUGCUGCAGAAAGCAGCAUCCUGUGGCUGAAGUCUUUAGACCGUUGAUGCUGAGAUCUAAAGCCACAUGGCCCAUCCCCGCAAUGGAGUAGGAUAUCAAAUUGGUGACUGCUGACAACAGCUCUAUUUGGCAUGUUCUUAGCCAGUUGUCUCAACACUGCCUUAACUUGAUGCUCUC